AUGCGAUUAGCCUACACAAUUCAAAAAUCCGAAAAAAACUAUACGCUUGCUUCUCGUUUGUCUUCUUCGUACACCGCCUCCCUCUGUUCGCACGCGCUCUUUCACAGUACAAGGCAAGUUUUCUUCGGAUUUGGAUUGUUUUGGUGCUAA